CUUUUCAAUCAACACACCUCAGCUCGCCGAAGCCACUAACACCAUCCGCAUGGAGGCAACGCUCCUGGACGGCGUGAGGAUUCUCACUCAGUCGAUUCUUUGUCUGGCAACUAUGGAUAUUCAGGGCCCCCUUUUGGGAGGGUCUUUUUGAGAAUUUCUACUCCUAGCCAUGGCCCGCCGUCUCGGGACGCUCCGGGGGCCCCUUGGGACGGACUUGAAGGCCAUUGCCCAACCAUUGCCCGGGACUUACAUGUCUGCAACGAUUAGGACGGUUUCGAUGCCACAGUAUGCCUUCCCAGCCAGGGGAAACACCCGGCCCUAAGAGAGACGGACGACGGCUUUUCCCUAGACAGGAUCCAUCCUCAUCAAAAGGCCUCUGCUUUCUCCUGGCAGCUCACCAAGCAAAUCAGGGUGGCCAAGGGCGCCAUGCGGAGCCCUCGAGACGAUUCACGGGACUACAACUGCUAUCAAAAUCCCUCGUCGACAAAGGAAGGAUCAUGGCCGAUCCCAAAGAGACGCCGUUUGCAUGCGGGGACGCGACCAGUACGCAUGCCACGGCGCCUAUAAUUCUCGUCGACUCUUUUUCUCUUUCACGGUCCACAGUAGCAUCUGAACCUACGAGCACGGAAGCGAAGGUGGACUGCGACUGGUUUUGGCUCGGGCGCCGGCACAUUCCACCCGCCAUGUCCGCACAAUUCCAGCUUGCACUGUGGAAGUGGAGGAAGGGAAAAAGAAAGGAAAAAGAGUCAUGUCACUCACUUAGGGCUUUUGUCGUUGGGACAUUUGACUCCUCACUUACAUCCAAGUAGGAUGCGCCGGCGCAUGGCGCGCGCUGUUGGGCAUGCAGGUCAUUACAGCAGAUGCAGAGUAAACAAGGGCCUCUUCUGCAUCUCA